AUGUCAGGCAUGCUCACAGGCGCACUCCGCGUAAACACAUCUCACCUGUCUGUUGAUGGCCGUCAUGACUUCGACGUCAUCAUCGACACAGAUGAUGCCACCACAGUGAGAGCAUACACCCCGAGGCAUAGCUCGAGGUCGUCGAGCAUCACUGCACGUAAUGUACCUCUACCGGAGAGCGUCGAGGCGUCGUCUGCAGUCACUAUGUCCUCGUAUCGCAUUAUCGAUGACCAUGGAUCAGCUCUCGUGAAGCGCCCGUCUGCAGCGUCAUAUUCCGUCAUAUCUCCCGAUGACUCGGCGUCGGUUAUCUCUGUGGCUGUAAGCAUGGGAGCACUCAGAGUCAGGCAUGAUAACAGUGAUGGCGCGAUGGACAUGCCAUCAGUUAUGCAUAGUGGCGAUGCACCCCUCAAGGCUCUGGAUGUGUACUCCAGGUCCAAGGUUGUAGUUAACGGUCGUACACACGAGUCCGUGAUGCACUUCUGUGCAUACGCGGCUCUCAAGCGUGCGAACCUGAUCACGAAGAGCAACCGCAACGACUUCGAUAGCAGGUCUCCUCGCAGUGUCCUCUCGUUGGUGCAGAGCACGCUCAAGCAGCACAAUGUGGAACACGCGUUCGGACGCAACGAGCUGUACAUGGCACUCUUCUGGGGCAUACUAGCACUGUGCGAGUAG